AUGUCUGCUAUAUUUCUCAAGGGCAAAUCCAUCAGCUAUCCAUGCAUUCCUUCUCUUACUUUUAUCAUCCUCAUCCUCAUCUUCAUGUCCACCCAGUCGAUCCCCCACUCGCCUGAAAUGACGCUCCCAGACACGAAAAAUCACUGCUUGGAUCCUACUAUCAAUAAUAUUAAUCAUGAGGCUUUGAAGAUAGAGAUUCAGGAGACCAUCAAAACGGAGACCAAAGAAGAAGUACAAAACGGGCUCAAUGAGAUACCCAUGUACACCCUUACCACCCCACACUCCGCUGAAAUGCUGCUCCCAAGCCCAAAAGCUGGCCAAUUGGAUACUACUGUCGACAGUAUUGAGCGUGGGGUUCUGAAAUGCGAAAAUGAAGAGUCCAUCAAAGAGAAAAUUGAAGACAGCUCCCACGUGGAUUCCAAAGAGGAGAUGAUAAUCUCCACUCAUACCACCCCCCACUCGCCUCCAAAAUCGAAUGUCAACAGCUUUGAUAUCAGUUCUGACAGUACUGGCAAAGAAGCUAUUAUAGAGGAGAUCAAAGAGGAGACCAAAAAGAUCUUCAAAGAAGAGCUCAAAGAGGAAUUCAAAGAGGCUACCAGAGAGGCAAUUAAAGAGACUAAGGAGAAGGCUCCAAGGAGGGCUACCAAAAGAAAGAUUAAUGAGAUCCUUGAUGAUGAAGGAUCGGCUGACGUCAACCAUAUUGCCCCUGUCCCAUCAAAUACGGUGGAUCUUCCCGUUCAUCAAGCCUGGAACUCUCUGGAGGAAGCGUACGAGGCGAUCCUUGGCUUCGUUCAUCGUCAGGGAUAUGGUGCCACAUAUUACAAGGGGCCGUAUCGCACCAGUCUACCGGAAUACGUGCAUCUUGGAUGCGACCUCCUGGAAAUGAAGGAAUAUGACCGGGUGAAGAAAGAUGGCUCGCGGGAGUCAAUCAGAGCCAAGAAGACCAGCACCUGCACCUUCGGUGCCAUUAUUAUGAACUGUCUGAACAGCUGGCGCAUUGUUAAAAUUUCGAGUGCAAGACAUAGCCAUGAGCCUUUGCCACCGAGAGCCCUUCCAAGCCAGCAUAGGCUUGAGCGAAAGAGAAAGGCAGCAUUGAUCUACCAGAUGAUUCAAGAAGGAUUCGAUAAUAAUGAAACUUUGCAGCAAAUUCAACUGCAGGAUCCUAAAACCUGUCUCGAUCGUGCGGAUAUCAAAUACGUGCGGCAUGCUAUCAAACAGAAGCAUAAAUCUGAGCUGUGGAUACAGCUUCAAAAGGGUGCUACAGAUGAUGAUCUUCCUAGCCUUGGACCUUCAUCGCCGGUAAUCUCUGCAAAAAGGCGUCAACUUGAGCAAGAUACGAACAAAGCAUACAUCAUUCAGCAGGUUCAACAAGGCUUGUCUAACGAGGCUAUCGUGCAAAAAAUUCGACUUCAGAAUCCAAAUUCCCAUCUCGAUAGCCUUGAUAUCGCCAACGUGCGGGGAAAACAAAAAAAUGGUCAGAGCAAUGCUUUGCGGGGACAGGAUUUGAAGGGUUCCACAGAUGAUGAUCCUACCGAAGACCAUCAGCUUUCAAAGGCGGAAUCGAAUGAUGGCUUAGCAGAGGAUUACAAGUUUCUAGUACGGGAAGUGAGUGAUGAAAAGGAUUGCAAGCUGCCAAAGACAGAGAUGGAUGACGAUCUCAUAGAAAGCUACAAGUUCUGGAAGGAGGAAAUGCAUGAUGAGAAGAACUACAAGCUCCCCAAAGAAGAAAUGAGUGACCAGAACUACAAGCUGCCAAAGGAGGAGAUGUAUGAUGAUCUCGCAAGAGUUUAG